AAUCAAUGUACCCUAUUUAGAUUGAUGCAUUUCCCAUGGUAGAGAAAAAUAACUAUUAUAUCAUCAUUUUCUCUGACGAGAACGGCCGUGGAAAGGCUGGAUUAUACAAGACCCUUCCCGGCACUCCAAUUGUUGGCUGGUUGGAGGUGGCGGUGGAAGUGGUGGUUGGGGUUUACUUUCUUUUCACUUCCCUUGUAUAAGACAAAAAGCCCUCCAUGUUCCAGAGGCCUAUUCAACCCCACCACGGCGGUGCUGGACCUGCAGGUGGGAGAGUGGGCCAUCAGGAAGAUAUGCAAGUCCAAAUGCAAAAUCAGAAUCACACUACAACUACUCAAAGAAUUGGAGCAGCUGAGCCAUGCCUUGUCUUGACUUCCGAUCCUAAACCUCGCCUCCGCUGGACUGCCGAUCUUCACGAACGCUUCGUUGACGCCGUCACUCAGCUUGGUGGUGCCAAUAAAGCUACACCAAAGGCCAUCAUGCGGACAAUGAAUGUAAAGGGACUUACACUCUUCCAUUUAAAAAGUCACCUUCAGAAAUAUAGACUGGGUAAGCAAUCAGGGAAGGAUAUUGAUGAAGCAUCCAAAGAUGGGUUGUCUGGAGCAUACCUUUUCAAAAGCCCUGGUGGCAGUAAUUCUUCACCAAUUAUUACUUCUUCCUAUAUGAAUGAGGGUUAUGAAGUGAAGGAGGCAUUAAGAGUGCAAAUGGAAGUUCAUAGUAAAUUAUAUCUGCAAGUUGAGGUGGAGAAGCAUUUGCAAAUUCGCCAGGAUGCAGAAGGAAGAUAUUUAGCCCUGCUUGAGAGGGCUUGUAAGAUGCUUGCUGAUCAAUUUCUUGGAGGUACAAUUAUUGACAUGGACAGGCAGAAGGGUUCAGGGAAUAUGACACCAAGAAUUACCUCCCUUGAUCCACUUGGCUUUUACUCUUUGCAAAGUGAAGCAGCAGCUGAAGUGCAUGGCCCAGAAGAAGUAACAACUAGUUUGCAUCACCAGGGGGCUGAUUGUUCCACUGAGAGCUGCCUAACUUCAAAUGAGAGUCCUCGAGGACUUGCUCUGGAAGGAUAUCCAGUUGGAAGUAAGAAACAGAUUCUGAGUUUGGAUUCAACAACAGCAUCUCUGAUUUGGAAUGAAGCGAAGAUAAGAACCUCGGAGGUUAACAUGAGCACAGUUAUUCCGCUUGGACUUGCUGGGCAUGGCAUAUGGAGCUGAGAAGUUCUUGUCCAGUCUGCAGCUCAUUCAUUGAGUUAAAAUUUCAAGUGGAAUAUUAAUAUGUUUUUGUCGAAAGUGUUGACAGUAGUAGCGGAAAUGACGUGUCUUGAAAUUGUAAAUUUUGAAUUUCAAUAUAUUGACGUGUUGGACACUCUUGCUGAUGAUUA